CGGAGCCUUUGGCCUCUCGCUGGGCUUCAUCGCGGGUGUGAGUGGGAGACCGACUUCCCUUCCGCCAGAGCCACCUAUCACCUCUCCAACCUGCCUGUAAAGGUGGAGUUGUAUGCACAGUGGCACGGUGUAACCGCGGGACUUUUAGGCCUUUUAGAAACAUUUCCAUCAUGUCUGACACUCAAGAAGCUAUCAGCCAACUCCUGGAUAUGAACCUUUAUGAGAACGAGGAGUCUGUGCCUAUGAUAGAAGGUGGCCUAAGAAGUGAGUCUGAGCAUCUCCAAGUCACUAUUGGAGCCACCGUACCUACUGGCUUUGAGCAAACAGCUGCAGAUGAAGUGAGAGAGAAACUGCAGUCGUCAUGCAGAAUCAGCAAAGACCGGGGCAAGAUAUAUUUUGAUAUUUCAGUGGAAAGUCUGGCUCAGGUUCAUUGUCUGAGAUCAGUUGAUAACUUGUUUGUGGUUGUUCAGGAGUUUAAAGAUUACCAGUUCAAAAAUACAAAGGAAGAAGUUCUAAAGGACUUUGAGGAAUUGGCUGGAAAGCUCCCAUGGUCUGACCCUUUAAAAGUCUGGCAAAUUAACACCAGUUUCAAGAAGAAGAAAGCAAAACGCAGAAAGGCAAAUCAGAGUGCAGGUAAAGAGAAGGACAACUGUGGACAAGGAGACAAAGCAGAAGAGAAAAGCAGUAAGACGCUUGUCAGCAACACUUCAGAAUCACGGAUCUUGGACUAUUAUGAAAAUCCAGCCAUCAAAGAAGAAGUAUCAACUUUAGUGGGGGAUGUCUUGGCAUGUUGCAGAGAUGAGACUGGUGAAAGUCUGAGAGAAGAAACUGAACCACAAGUACAAAAGUUUAGAGUCACCUGCAACAGAGCAGGAGAGAAACAUUGCUUUACCUCAAAUGAGGCUGCCAGGGAUUUUGGGGGUUCUGUUCAAGAGUAUUUUAAGUGGAAGGCUGAUAUGACCAACUUUGAUGUAGAGGUUCUCUUGAACAUCCAUGAUAAUGAAGUCAUUGUUGGCAUUGCAUUGACAGAGGAGAGUCUCCAUCGCAGAAAUAUUACACAUUUUGGACCUACAACUCUUAGGUCAACUCUUGCCUAUGGGAUGCUCAGGCUCUGUGAACCUGAACCUACUGAUGUAAUAGUGGAUCCAAUGUGUGGAACAGGGGCAAUACCAAUAGAGGGGGCUACUGAGUGGUCUCACUGUUAUCAUAUUGCUGGGGACAACAACCCCCUGGCAGUGAACAGAGCAGCAAACAACAUCCUAUCUCUAUUGACUAAGAGCCAGAUUAAAGAUGGAAAAACAUCCUGGGGGUUGCCUAUUGAUGCUGUUCAGUGGGAUAUCUGCAACCUCCCACUGAGAACUGCUUCUGUGGAUAUUAUUGUAACAGAUAUGCCUUUUGGAAAAAGGAUGGGCUCCAAGAAGAGAAACUGGAAUCUAUAUCCAGCCUCCCUUCGGGAAAUGGGCCGUGUCUGUAGACCAGGGACGGGCAGAGCUGUACUGCUUACUCAGGACAAGAAAUGUUUUACCAAGGCAUUAUCUGGAAUGGGACAUGUGUGGCGAAAAGUCCAUACAGUCUGGGUGAACAUCGGGGGCCUUCAUGCUGCAGUUUAUCUUCUAAAACGCACGUCUCAAGCCUUUGUUCAUCCUUCAGAACAAGAUGGAGGAAGACACCCUCCUUGGUAAAGCAAAGAAUGAAAAGAAGUAUAGUAUUUGUAGAUGCUAACACUGGACAUGUCAGCAUAAAGAACUUGCUUUUGGGAGGAAAAUAGCAGAAAAGUAACUUAGUAUUGCAGUCUACCCUGCUAACUACUCCAGCAUAUGUUAUUGUUAGCAAGGUGACUUAUGGUAUUUCCUCAGAAGCUUCAUUGCUUGGCUUCUAGGUUUGGGAACACUACAGGCCACGUUCUGUCACUGUUCAGUAGCCUAAGUUCUUUCCAUCACCCACAGAAACUAAAGCAUCCCUCGAGAUCUAUAGCUUACCAUCUGCCUUAAAAUACACAUCAAAACAGGGCAAAUAUGCUUUGUGUGACUAUUAGUAAUAGGACAUUACUAAGUAGUAGAAGCAUCAGUAGAUGAGGUAUGGGACCAACAAGCCAAAUUAAAGGAAUUUUUCUUUUAGUAUGUGUGUUACUUUUCAAAGUCCAAUAAACAAAUAUUAAAAAAAAAAA